CUUCCAUACCCAAAGGUAAAAUUGAAGCAACAGACGGAAAAUGUUAGUGAACGAGUGUGGAACAAAAUAAAGUGAUGUGAACAAAACCGCGGCAAAUGGUGCAACAAUUAAGUUCCCUAUUUUUUAUGUUGUGUUGAAAUCGUAAUUUAAUGAUUAUUACGUGUAGUGGCACAGAGCGAUUUGAAGAAUGUUAGUUAACUAAUUUCUACAGGCUUCGUACGAACUGAAUAUAAUCAAGAAAGAAAUUCAAGAAUAUCGAAUAAUAUACGAUGUGCUGUGUAAGCUAUUUACGCUGUUGGAACAAAGUCAUCUCGAUAAGGCGUGGUGAUGAGGAGAUGAUUGUGUGUUAGGGUGCUGGUGAGCUAUAGCCAACUUCAAAUUAAAUAAAAAAAAAGUUUAUAUGAAUUCGAAAGAAUGACGUUUAAAAUUACACAACUUAACCACACUGUAUUAUUUUUGCAAACGAAUAUGCUUGUUAAUUCUUUUUAGUGUGGUUAAUCGAGUAUAUAAUGUGAGUUUUAUGUUGUUUAAAUGAAUUUGUUUUACUCAAAUGCUUGUGAAUUUGAAAAAUAAUAUAAAUAUAUAUAUUGAAAAUUGUUAAAAAUUAAUUAUUCGUGCCGUGCGUAUUUAUACCUUUAUAAAAUUUUAUGCUGUGAAAAUAUCACUCUAUGUAAAUAAUGUAAUAGCUCUCACCGUAGUCAAGUAAAUUGAAACGAAAGUUAACCAAACUCAUGCAAAUAUGAACUCGUUAAAUUGGAAUUUCAUUUGAUAUUCAUAAUUGCGAGUUUAUACCGUCAAUUUCAAGAAAGCGGCAGAUGUUGAUAGUGAUAGUAAAAGUUGUUGCAAUAGCGAAGUGUAUAGCAAAACAGGAAAGAUAGAACAACAACAAAGUGUCUCAAUAAGGUGUCAAUUCAAAGUGAAAACAAAACAAGAUGACGUCGACUGCAGCGACGACGCCAGUGUGGAAGGAGGCGAAUAGCAAACAUGCUUUCGGGAUUGCAAAAUGCAAUUUCGAUCAGGAAGAUAAGCCACAUCGUUUGAGUCUGGAUGUGGGCGAUUCGGUUGUGAUACUGAAGGAGACAACACAUUGGUAUUAUGGUUACAAGCAGAGGCAUAAAGAACAACGCGGCAUAUUUCCGAAAAGCUACAUACAUCUGUGCGAUUACACAAUCGUCAACGGCGAAUACUGUAUCAAGCGUACAGAGAUCGUCGAGGAAAUCACCAAAGUUCUCCUGGAAUGGGGCUCUAUAUUGAAACAGUAUUUUUUGAUCACACAUCGUGACUUUAAUUCCAUACGCGCAAAAAUGAUCGAGUUGAAUAAUAAUCGCGCACUGCUCAUAUCGGGCAAUUUGCCUUUGGACGAGAUGCGUAAAGUGAAGCUGAUGGCCACAUCGCAAAUCGACACAGGAAACAGUCUGCUGGGCUUAGAUAUGGUGGUGCGCGAUGAGAACGGCGACAUAUUGGAUACGAAUGCGAUAUGCACAACGGAAUUGUAUGAGCAUCACAUGAAUGCGCAGGAUCGCAUUUUCAAAGCGAACCGUCCACAAACAAUUCAACGUUCACCACGCCCACUCAACAAAUACUCGCACAACAUAUUGCUGCAUGUGAACGCCUUCGUGUGCAAAUUUCAAGAAGACUCCGAUCUGCUCUUCACACUAUUCGAUGGCGAAUCACACAAGCCGAUAAGCGAAAAUUAUGUCGUCAAAUGGUCGCGCACCGGCAUUGCACGUGAUAUCGAUCAAUUCGAUAAUAAUCGUGUACUCUUCACCGAUCUCAGCAAAACCGAUCUGAAUAUACCGAAAAUGUAUCUGGUUUGUUAUGCGAUACGCAUUGGUGCCAUGGAAAUGAAGGAGCAUGACUCGAAACGCGCCAGUAUAACUACAGCAAUGCUAACGGCAUCAAGUAAGAAGCACUCACAACUCUCGAUCAGUUCGAGUGGUUCGUUCAAUAGCACCGAGUAUAUAAUGCGGCGACCAUUUGGCGUCGCCUGCAAAGAUCUCACCCCCAUAUUACAUAAGCCGGAAGACUUCCGUGGCAAUUUGGAUUUGCCAUUCAUGUUGUGCGAAAAGGACACGCUGGAUGGCACGCUGCGCAAAUUGAUCGCUAAUAAGGAUAUCGGCAAGAUCGAUUCUAAAAUGGCCGUCACCAUUGAAGUGUUGCAAGGCGAUAUUAAACAGAUCAAAGAGGACUUCCCACGUUUGCUACACACAAAUGUGCCGUUGGCGCGUAAAAUGGGCUUCCCCGAGGUGAUAUUGCCCGGCGAUGUGCGUAACGACUUGUAUUUGACACUGUGUGGUGGUGAAUUCGCGCGCAUUGCGAAAACAUCGGAAAAGAAUGUCGAGGUGACAGUGUAUGUGUGCAAUGAACAGGGACAAGUGGUGCCCGGUGUGAUGAGCAUCGGCGCGGGGCAUCCACCCAUUGAUGAAUACAAAUCCGUGGUGUAUUAUCACGACGAUAAGCCGAAGUGGCUGGAAACAUUCAAGAUACAUGUGCCGAUAGACGAAUUCAAGCAGUGCCAUCUGAAAUUCAUUUUCAAACAUCGCAGCUCCAACGAACAAAAGGACAAAUCGGAAAAGCCUUUCGGCUUGUCGUAUGUGAAGCUGAUGCAGGACAACGGCACGACAAUACUGCAAGGACAACACAAUCUGGCCGUGUACAAGAUGGACCACAAAAAGUAUGACAAGAACAAUGCCAACGUUUACAUGGAAUUGCCUUCGACGGUUGGUGAAUUGCAGGGCACCAAGCCAUCGCUGGGUGGUUUGUCCCUGUUUCCCAAGGAUCAACUCACAAUUUGCGUUAAUCUCUGCAGCACAAAACUCACACAAAGCGUGAGCCUCUUGGGUUUGCUAAACUGGUCUGCGCAUAAGGAAACACUGGAGGAGUCUUUGAAUGCGCUUUCGAAUGUACCCGGCGAAGAAGUAGUGAAAUUUCUGCAAGACAUACUCGACGCUUUAUUCAACAUUUUGGUUGAAAAUGACGAUCCCGAACGCUACGAUCAGUUGGUAUUCAUGAGUAUUAUACACUUAAUCGAGACCGUAUCCGAUCUGAAAUAUCAACAUUUCCUCACGGUAUUGGAUGUUUACAUAAAUGAGAGCUUCUCAGCGACGCUGGCUUAUAGUAAACUAAUAAAUGUUCUGCAAAAGAACAUCCGCGAAGCCAUCGAACCCAAAGAAAAGUCAGCCGAUGGCAUUGAGAUUGAAGAGCGCGUGGAGGUGAAGCGUCUAUAUAAGACCACUAGAUAUCUGCAUUAUGUUAUCAAGUUCGUUAUACGUUCACGUGUGCUCUUCGCAGCCAUCAAUGGCAAUUCGGAUUACGAUGAUUUUGCCAAUAAGUUGCAUGAACUGCUGGAGAUGUUUAUCAAAAUGAUUGCCUGCCCCACCGAUUUGUUGAAGUCCGAAGGCGCUUUGCUCAAAAAUUUGCACAUCAUUGCCACGGAUUUGAUGGCGGUGUUCGAUGAAGUGCGUCUAAGUAAUGUGAUUGUCAAUAUCUUGCGUCAAUUCCCACCGCGUCGCUUAACACAAUCCAAAAUGGGUUGCAUUAAGGACUUUGUCGACUCAAAACUGUUUCUCUCGCCUGACUGUCGCGCUGUGCUACUGCCCGUCUUUUGCAAUCACAUCAGAGAUCGGCUCGAGAGCAAGGAAGAGGUGAACGAAUGCAUCGUCAUCAUGAACAACAUACUGCGUCUGCUGUACCGCAAGGACAUCGGCAAGACACACAAUGAUGUGCGCGACAUAAUGCUCAUCCUGCUGCGCACCAUAAUCAAAACCUCGCACGCACUCGAUCGCGAUAAUCAAUUGGUCGGCAAUUUGGUGGCCAUCAUGUUGGGUAUACUGCAGCGCAUGGAUGCGGCACAUUAUGAAAUCUUCGUAUGGCAUUUGAACAGUCGCUUCGAGCUGCAGGACUUCAUUAUCGAAAUAUUGCUCGUUUUCGAGGAGCUCGUGUCGCCACAUCAGAAGCCAGUAUUUUCACGUGAUUGGAUGGAUAUGAUUAUGCAUCAGAAUACCGUUAUAUUGCGUUCAUUACAACACAUCUCGGUUGUGAUCAUCGAUCACUUCUUCGAUCCAUUCGAGAAGCAAGUGUGGUCGAAUUUCUUCCAAUGCUCCAUAGCAUUCCUCAUACAAUCACCGUUACAAUUGAACGAUUUCAACGAUAAUAAACGACAAAUCAUAUUCGCACGUUAUCGUGAUAUACGCAAGGACACAGCGCAAGAGAUACGCAAGAUGUGGUUCCAAUUAGGCGAACACAAGCCGAAAUUUGUGCCACAACUAGUGGAGCCGAUACUCGAAAUGAGUAUGAUACCCGAGGUGGAAUUGCGCAAGGCCACCAUACCGAUAUUUUUCGAUAUGAUGCAGUGCGAAUAUUACAGCUCGAAAAUGCUGCCGAACAGCUACGGCGAUACGAAACGCAACAAUGCGCAUUACAAAGCGAACUUUAACGAAUUCGAAACGGAAAUGAUUGAGAAGCUUGACAUAUUAAUCGGAGCAGGCAAAGGCGACGCCGAGUACAAAGAUCUCUUCCACAGCAUACUGCUGGAGAAAUGUCAGGCGCACAACACACUCAACAUAGAUGGCACCAAAUUCGUGAACAUGGCGACGAAACUCAUUGAACGUCUGCUCGAGUAUCGCUGCAUUAUACAGGACGAGAGCAAAGAGAACCGCAUGGCUUGCACAUUUUCGCUCUUACAAUUCUAUUCGCAAGUAAAUCGCAAAGAGAUGUACAUACGUUAUGUCUACAAGCUGUGCGAUCUACAUAUGGAGUUCAACAACUGCACCGAGGCGGCCUUCACGCUCAAACUACACACUGAAUUGCUGCAGUGGAACGACACGGAGUUGUCGCCACUCUUGCGCUCACACCGCCAUACGGCAUGUCGCACACAUCGCGAGCUCAAAGAGGCGCUCUACUAUGAAAUCAUCGACUACUUUGACCGCGGUCUGAUGUUCGAAUGCGCCAUCGAUAUGUGCAAAGUGCUGGCGCAGGAGUACGAGAAUGAAAUCUACGACUAUUUGAAGUUAGCCAAACUCUUGGUCAAGAUGUCGCAAUUCUUUGAGAAAAUAUUGAAAGAAUUUCGCCACACUUCGGAGUAUUUCCGUGUUUGCUUCUACGGUUUGGGCUUUCCGCGCUUUCUACAGAAUAAAGCCUUUAUUUUCCGUGGUGAGAACUACGAACGUUUGAGCGAUUUUUGCUCGCGCAUUUUAGCGCAACAUCCACAAGCGGAGCUAAUGCAGACGCUAGAGUUACCGGGUGAGGAUAUAACGCAGGCCGACGGACAAUUCAUACAGGUGAACAAAGUGGAACCGGUAAUGAAUGAGAAUUGUACCAAAUUCGAGGGCAAGAUGGUGUCGAGUGAAAUCGUUAAGUAUUUCACAUCGAAUAAUGUGCAAAAGUUCCAGUUUUCAAGGCGUUGCGAAAGCAUUGGCGGCGGUCCAGAUGAUGUGCGCAAUCUGUGGCUAGAAAGAAUAGUGAUGACCACAAGCUUUCCGCUGCCGGGCAUACUGCGUUGGUUCCCCGUAACGGAAACAAAGAAAUUCAAAAUUUCACCAAUCGCUUUGGCCAUUGAAACAAUGAAAAAGACCAAUAAGGAAAUACGCGACCUGAUUAUCGAACAUCGAAACGACGAAACAUUGGAUAUAAAAACGUUGAGCAUGAAAAUCACCGGCAUUGUCGACCCAGCCGUGAUGGGCGGUUUCAGCAAGUAUGAGAACGCUUUCUUAACUGACGACUAUUUGGAGGACCACCUAGAUGAUAGGCAUCUGGUUGAGGAGUUGAAGGAUCUGAUCGCAUCGCAAAUACCGCUACUCGAGAUCGCCAUUACGCUGCAUAAGCACCGCGCGCCAGACACUUUGAAACUCUUCCAAGAGCACAUGGAGCAAUGUUUCGCUGACAUGCAGGCGAAUGUGGAGGGCAAAUAUGGCAAGAAGACUUGUGACUUGAAGUUGGAUCGCGAGUCGGUGAUUAUGCGUCGCAAUGGUUCCUUUAUGCCUGGCAUGUUUGAGGGCAACAAUCGCUUGUCAGAAACCAGCAUGGGCUCUUCCGAUAGCGGCUUGUCGAAAUCUACUUCCUCGGCACGACCACAAACCAGUUCGAUAAAAUCAACAUUCGCGUUUAAUUUCAGUCAAAGACCUAGCCUCGGCCAUUCGCCCAGUACAAAAAGCAAGUCUAAAGAGAAAACGCCCUCAAAACGGCGCUCAAUGAAAAAGUUGGAUCGUGAAACGCUAAGUUUACCAGUAGCCAACAGUAAAUUUUAUACACAACCGUUAUCAACAAUAACCUCAACGCCCGAACGGGAAUCAAUAACUUCAAUAGCAUCUAUAACAAGCGCAUCAAAUACUUCCUUGACAGCCAAAUCGCCGGAUCCAAAAGUGUUGACACAAGAGUUAACCACAAAGCGUCCAUUACGCUCUGAGAAAGAAAAGGAACGUCGCAUGUCACGUCCUGCCAGUAUAGCUACACCCACAACCGGCAUGAAGGGAUUCUCCAGCACAGAUGCGCACUCGCUGUCAGGAGCUGACAGCAGUAAUCGGAAUUCAGUUGAUACAACAGAUUCCACAUCGGAGGAGGAUCUCAUACCGCCACCGCUACCAGCAAAAACACGUGACUCCACUGAUUUUAGCAGUUUUACUUACAGCAUGGACUUCCCCAUACCGCUUGUUGGUCCCUACACACAAACCCUCGUGACGACUACGACGCAACACACCAGUAUUUCAAAUAGCUCUUACGAAUAUGUGGAGGCCAAAAAUUUCGUGCUUACUGAAAAACGGCCACCCACACCGCCACCAAAACCCUCGCGCAAUAGCAAACACAUUCCAUAACUUGUGGCUGGGCAAGCAAUUGCGUAUGACGUCCGAGUCCUGCUAAACGCGAAAGCGAAAAUAUUUAAAAAAGUAAUACAAAGCAGUAAAGUAAUUAACGCUGUGAAAGUGAAGCCAUAAUCAAAAUUGAUAUUUGAGUGCGUGUGAUUGAGUCAUUGAUUGCUUGGCGACUGCAAACAUAAGUGGUCAGUUGCCUGGCAUACACCUGUAGAGCGCGCGAUGAGAAGAAGAGUGAGAACAAUGAAGUCCGAACUAAAGGAAUUGAUGCGUUAAUGCAGCAAUACAAAUAAACAAGUGCCAAAAAUGUAAUUUAAACAAAAAUCAUAAAUAAUUGUUUGGGUGUUGGCGUGCCUUUCGUCUGGCCGACAACCAUGUACAUAGCAACGAGCGUGCGCUGGCACUCAUUUCCCAGGAACACACACACACGCACACUUUUGUUAGAACAAAACGAAAGCGUUUAGCGUUGAUAGCAGCAAUAUACAUAUAUAUAUAUAUAUGUAAUUUAAUAUAGUUAACGAUAUUAAGCUAUUUCAGAGUUUUUAUUGAACUUUGCGUUUCAGUUGUACAAACGUUUCGGCUUGAGCAAAUUUCUUUAGUUAUUAAACUACUUGUCUUCCUAACUUAACUAAACGCACAUAUAGGCAAGUAAGUCUUAUUUACUUUACAUAUAUAUGUAUAUGUAUAUAAUAUACAUGUGUAUAUGUUUAUUUAUAUGCAUUUUAUUUAUUCUUUUAUUUAAUUAAUUUAAUUUCAAGCCAAUUAGGCACUUCGCUGUGUACAAAGUGCUCACAGCUGAGUUCAUAAUAAUUUCGCCGUGAACUUUCAAUAUGUUCGUGUCUGUAUUUAUGUGUACAGCAAUUAUGAUUUAAUUAGUUAUAGUAAAACGACCACCACGAGCCAAUUAAAGGUUUCAAACAUACACACACCCACACACACAACUGAAUUUAUCGCAACAUAAUUUCAGUAUUCGUUGUUAACGAAGUCGAGUGAAAGCGUGUUAAAUGUAAUGUUUAAAUAGCAAAAAUUUACAAAAGCAUUUUUAAUACGAAAAUGAAACUAACAAAUAAAAAUAUAGCAAAAAUCGAAAAGCAUUUGCACUUUUUUAUAAAAAUAAUAUUUACUUUGUUAUUACUUAUGACAGAAGUGCCACGAAAAUUUUGUUAUUCAAACUGAACAGAGACACUAUUUAUACAAGUUCAUACAUAUUUACAUGUACAACUAUUUUGAAAUGAUACAAAAAUCCAAAAAAAAAAACAAAUUAUAUAACUUGAUGAAAUUAAAAAGUACCGUGAAUAGCAAAUUGCAUAACAACAAAACUGCAUAUGUAUGUAAUUAAAUAAUGUAAGCCAGCAUUUGAUUUGUAAACUUUCGUUAUUAUAUAGCAAAAUAUGUACUAAAUAGUUUUUAAGCAGCAGAACUUUUUUUAAUAUCAAUAAGUAUGUUUAUAUGUUACGAACAGAGCGCGUUUUUAACGUAUUUAUUGUGUACUUUAUACACACAUAGCAUAAAAUUUACAAUUUUUAUAAGCACAAAAAAAAAAAAUAAUGUUAACGGUAAAUAAGCCGACCUCUAGCGAAAGUCAGCUUAUUGCACUUAUUUAAUUUAAUUUUAUUUUACUUUACCGCGAAAUGCAAUUGUUUGUGUUGCCUUAUCUUAUAGACACAGACACACACGCUUAUAUGUGUGUGCGUGUGCAUUUUUAAUUUAACUUAAUUAUUCGCUUUAUAGUAUUUUAAAACUUAUCAUUCACAAUCUACUCAAAAGUAUCGCGUAAGUUACUAUUUAAUUUCGUUUAUUUGUCAAUUUUUGCAAUGACAACUCAAUUACUACGUACAUAUAUACCUAAAUGGAAUUUGGCAUGCGCCGCAAUCUUUGUUUAAUGUAAUUAUUAUUAUUUUUUUAAUUAAUAUGUUCACCAAAGAUUUAUUAAGAUUAAAUAAAAUGUCAAUUCACUUACAGGAUAAACAAUGAA